GCGCGGCUUCACCGGGGUCAGUCGGGGAGAGGAGCGGGACCGGGAUCGGGACCGGGAUCCUAGCGGGAGCGGGGGGUCCCUGCCGCUCUCCCUUCGGGCUCUCCGUGUCACCGGGAGCGGGGCGGGAGCGACCCGGUGGGUCCCGGGGAGGAGGGCCGGGCUGCCCGGUGCCGCAGCCAUGGCCAACCACCUGCGCUUCGUGGGCCGCACGGUGAUGGUGCACAACGGGAACGUGGAGGCGGCCUACGGCGUCCUGAACAGGAUCCUGGCGCAGGACGGCGUGGCCGAGGCGGUGCGGCGCUCCCGCUACUACGAGAAGCCGAGCCGGGCGCGGCGGCGGCGGGCGUUCGAGGCGUGCCGCCGCGUGUACUGCGCCGAGAUGGCGCGCAGGAUCGCCUUCCUGGCCAGGAGCGCCCGCCAGGACCCGUGGCCGGGCUGCUGAGCGCGGACCCGCGGCAAUAAAAUCGCUCUGGCUCCGA